GAACGCGGCGAGUUUCUGUUUCCCUUGCCAGCGUCUGCUUCAGCAACACCUCUUUGAUGACUGUCGUUUUAUUCAGUGCCUUUAGUCGAAUAUCUGUCUUCUCGGGGACGAUCAGACGGUGUACAUCUGUUCUACCGAAGACCAGACAAUUUUCCUUCACUAGAACACCUUUGACAGUUUUUAGAAGACAGAUAUCAGUAACCACCAUCAUGCCAACACCUCAGGGAAUCAACGGGUUGUACGAUUUUCGGCGUGUCACUCCAGACGACAUCGAAAAACAGACAGAUGCACUCAUCUCACAACAACGCGCAUCGUAUGACGCUGUUGGCUCACUGCCAUUGGACACUGUUAGCUAUGACAAUGUCAUUAAGAAAUUAGCAGACCUGAUGAACGAACGAUCAACCUUUGGGUCUCCGCUUGACUUUCCCCAACACGCUGCGACUGAUAAAGCUGUCCGUGAAGCUUCAAGCAAAGCUGAGCAGAAGCUUGAGGAGUUUGAUGUUGAAAUGAGCAUGAGAAAGGACAUUUUUGACCGGGUGGUGGCAUUUAAGGAAAAUGUUGGUGUUGAGGGCUUGAGCAGUGAGCAGAAGAGGCUGGUGGACAAACUCAUUCUGCAUGGAAGACGCAAUGGUCUCCACUUGUCAAGCGAGAUCCAGGACCAGGUGAAGAGCAUCAAGAAGCGCAUGUCAGAGCUGAGCAUCAAGUUCCAGCGCAACUUGAACGAGGACAACACCAAGCUCUUCUUCACCCGAGAGGAGCUGGCAGGGAUGCCCGACGAUUUUAUUAAUGAACUUGCCCAGAAAGAAGACAAUAAGUUAGAAGUAACAAUGAAGUACCCACAUCUCUUUCCCAUCACCAAAAAGUGCCGUGUGCCGGACACUAGACGCCAGAUGGUGACUGCCAGUCAGUCCAAGUGUAUGGAGGAGAACACACCUAUCCUGGAGGAACUGAUAACCCUCCGUCAGAAGGAGGCCGAUUUACUGGGCUACAAGAACCACGCUGCUUAUGUCUUGGAGGAACGUAUGGCCAAGACCCCAGAGAAUGUUGCCGAGUUCCUCUCCAGCCUGUCUGAGAAGCUUCAGCCGUUAUGGAAGCAGGAGAGACAGGACAUGCUGAAGUUGAAGAAAGAUGAGUGCGAAAAAUACAGUUAUGAAUACUCUGGCAAGCUAGACUUCUGGGAUUUCCGUUACUACAUGAAUCAGGUGGAGGAAAAAAUGUUUGCCGUGGAUCAAGAUGAGGUGCGUCAGUAUUUCCCCCUGGACAAGGUUACCUCCGGCUUGUUGGAUAUAUACCAAAUUUUGUUAGGCCUUAAAUUCACCCAAGAAGUUGAUGCAGACACGUGGCAUGAAGACGUGAAACUGUAUCGUGUGAAUGAUGCUGAAACUGGAGAGAAAAUGGGAUACUUUUUCCUAGAUUUAUAUCCUCGAGAUGGCAAGUUUGGCCAUGCUGCUAUUUUCCCCCUUCAGCCAUCCUGUGAAGGGCCCACAGGAGACCGUCAGGUUGCUGUCUGUGCAAUGAUGUGCAAUUUUACUAAGCCUACCAAAGACAAGCCAGCACUCUUGGACCAUUCAGAGGUUGAGACAUACUUCCAUGAGUUUGGUCAUGUGAUGCACCACAUCUGUUCCCGUGCAACAUUUGCUAUGUUUGCUGGAACUCGUGUGGAACGUGACUUCCUGGAAGCACCGUCGCAGAUGUUGGAGAACUGGGUUUGGGAGAAGGAACCUCUUGCCCUUAUGUCUGGUCAUUACAAGACUGGUGAAACCUUGCCCGAUGAAAUAGUAGAAAGGCUGCAGAAGUCACGGAAGGCAAACGCCGGUGGCUUUAACCUUCGUCAGAUCAUUUUGGGAACCUUCGAUCAAACAAUCCAUACAAGAGGGGAAGCAGACACCAAGUCCUUGUUUGCUCAAACGUAUCGUGAUAUUAUGGACAUCGAACCCAUUCCAAACACCAACAUGCCGGCCAACUUUGGUCAUCUUGCUGGUGGUUAUGAUGCACAGUAUUAUGGUUAUCUGUGGAGUGAAGUAUUCUCCAUGGACAUGUACGAGAGUCGCUUCAAGAAAGAAGGCAUCUUGACCCCUGCAGUCGGAACUGAUUAUCGUACAAAGAUUCUUCAGCCUGGCGGAUCAAAGGAUGCUGCAGAUUUACUUAGGGAUUUCUUAGGUCGUGAUCCAACACAUGAUGCUUUCCUGCGCAGCAAAGGCCUGCAAGUCUGAAUUGGGGAGCAGCUG